AUUUUAAUCAUCAUCAUCAUCGUUAUCAUCAAUUUUCAACAUCAUCAUCAGGAUUAUCCAUCAAUAAUAACAACAAACAAAUGUCAACAGUAAGAUCUAGUAAUAUCACUAGCAGUGGUAGCGAUUAUGUGACCAGCAAAACUCUGCCACACUUACCAAAAGGGGUACGUGUUCCAAAAUUACAUGCAAAUACUAAGCCGAUUAUUGCAGGAGAAUGGAAUGAAGAUGAAAAUGCGUCGCAACAAAUGCAGCUGAUGAUGCCUGGUCAACAAGGUGGUGGGCGACGCGAAUUACAACCUUUCCAUGCUGGAGUCAGUCGUAGUGAUCAAAGAUCGGGAAAUCAAGAACCACCUCCUAUUUUCGCCUCGCAACCUAAACGAAGUUUUACUUUGAAACGACCUACUAAAGUACAACAACAUAUUUAUCGUAUGUCUGGUGGUAUUGAACCUGUAGAUUUAUUGUGUGAUCGUCUUUCUGUUUGGCGCUUAGCAUUAAAAGAUCUGAGUCAUAUGUUCAACAAUAUCAUUGAUGCUGAAACAAAAGUCGCCAGUGGAUAUGCUGCUUCUAACAAACCGUUGUCGAUUCCAUUUCGGGAAUCCAAUAAUCAGUUCUUGCAUUCGGGUGGAAUUCAAGAUGUUUGGAUUAGUUAUCGUAAUUUCACCAUUGAAAAAAGCAUGAUGCAUCAUGAAUACGUAGGUUAUUUGAAAUCAGCAGUCAUUCCUAGUUUGAACAACUUGAAACGUGAUAUCAAAGAGUUUGUCAAAUCGAUUGAAAAGGAUCCUUGCUUGAGAUCUUCCAUCCUAUAUCAUGCUCGUCAAAGAGCUGAUGAUAUGGUGAAUCAUUUGGAUAAUGCUAUUAAAUACGUUUAUCAUUCUCCUGAUAAUGUUGGUGCCAAUGAAGAUCCUGCCUUGUUGAAUUUGGGUGUCAUUCAAGCUUUCAAAUCACUCUUCAAUGAAGAAAACAAUCUUCAUGCCAAUGUUAUUCAACUUCAACGGGAAGCAGCUACUGUGGAACAACGUAUCAUUGGUAGUUUGAAUGUUAUUUCGAAGAAUUGGGAAAAUUAUUGUCUCCUACAUCGUACAGACGCUAAAACAAUCGUAAGCAAGAUCACUGCCACUUUUGCCAAUAUCAAACCAAACUCGGAUUGGAAUGAAUUCAUACGUCGUAAUCAAUUUCAACUGGUGAAUGAAAAAGCAACAUACAAGACUGACGACGAAAUGCAAUACACCAACCAAAACCACGACCUGUGUAUUCCUGUCAAGGUGAACUUUUUGAAUCGACGGACCGCAAUGAAGAAAUGGAAGGAAGGUCUCUAUGUACUUACACCAACCGGUUACUUACAUGGGUUCAAGCAUGCAAGGCACUUUGAAACAGAUCCCCUGUCUCCAGAAAUUUCCAUUUUUUUGCCUCACACAACUGUGUCGUCUACCGAUGAACAAGCCGAAGAUCUCAGUUUCCAAAUUUCGGGUCGUAAGAAAGCAUUAGUUGGUCAAAAGGUAUUCGUUUUCCAAGCAAAUGACGAAGCUGAUUUGGCAGAUUGGUAUUCGGAAGCUCAACGGUUAUCUGAAGUCAAUACGCAAUAUGAAACAUUAGAAGUUGAAGGUGUACCUCCUGCUCUCCCUGGUAUGGAACCUGAAGAACGUGAAGAAGAAUAUGCCAAUAUUCGACGUCUUACUGAUAGUGAACAACAAAAUCGUUUGAUUGAUCAAGGGAAUGAACAACAACAACAACAACAACAACAAAGACCAAUAGAUAGUAGUGAUGAUGAAGAACAUUACGAUAACGUCACUAGCAACAAGAAUAAUCUUUCGACAGCAGCCGUUCUACCCGACAAUAUGGUAUCAUCAUCUCAAUCCAACCCUCCUCAACAAACCAACCGAUCAUAUUCUCCCCGUCUUCAACAAGGCACCAAAACUUAUUCACCUCGUCUUCAACAACAAUCAUCAUUUGGAUCAACUGGUCGUGAUUCACCCAAGGUACUUUCAGAAGAUGGAGAAAAGCAUGCUGUGAACGAUCAACCUGCAACUGGGAGCAGCUCGGUGCCGAAAAACGUCCGAUCCUCACCAAAAGUCCAUGAUGAAGGUGACUUUGUACAACGAUACAACGACAGAUUAUCGAUGGAUGAUGAUAAUGAAGGAGAUACUAGUGGUGUUGGUCUCGGUCUUGUUGGAUCCGAUAUCAGGUCCUCUUAACUACAUCUUUACUGGAGAAUCAAGAAUGGAAUCGAUCAUUAUUAUUAUUAUUAUUAUUAUUACUUUUUUAUGCUAUUACUAUCGCCUUACAUAGCUUAGUUUUUA